AUGGGGAAAACCAUCUUCGCCUCCGGCGUCGUUGCCUUCCUCCUCCUCCUCCUGGUGUCCCCCUCCACGGCUGAGAUCAAAGCCCUCACCAUAACCUCCGACACGCGCCCCAUGAUCCUAUUGGAGAAAUUCGGGUUCACACAUACCGGCCACGUGUCGAUCGCGGUCUCCUCUGUGUCCGUGGUGGCGUCGGGGGGAUCGCAACCGGACCCUUCCCGGUUAGGGUUCUUCCUCCUGAGCGAAGAGUCCCUUCUCCAAGUCCUAAUCGAGAUCCAGCAAAACCCUAGCUUCUGCGUCCUGGACUCGCGCUAUAUCAAAAGCCUCUUCACCUUCCGCGAGCUCUCUCCCCCUCCUGCCGCCUCCGUCAACCGCACCUUCCCCAUCACAACCCCCAACGAAUACAGCCUCUUCUUCGCCAAUUGCGCGCCGGAAAGCUCCGUCUCCAUGGCGGUCCAUACGGAGCUCUACAACCUCGACCCUGACUCCGCCCGCGACUACCUUUCUGCUGGCCAGACUCAGCUCCCUUCCCUUUUCUUCCUCUUCUCAGUGGUCUACUUCGCCUUCCUCGGCAUCUGGCUCUACCUCUGCCACUCCAACCGCCGCUCCCUCCACCGGAUCCAUAUCCUCAUGGCCGCCCUCCUCCUCAUGAAGGCCCUCAACCUCCUCUGCGCCGCCGAGGACAAGCACUACGUCAAAAUCACCGGCACCCCCCACGGCUGGGACGUGCUCUUCUACAUCUUCCAGUUCAUCCGCGUCGUCCUCCUCUUCACCGUCAUCGUCCUCGUCGGCACCGGUUGGUCCUUCCUCAAACCCUUCCUCCAGGAGCGCGAAAAGAAGGUCCUUAUGAUUGUCAUCCCCCUCCAGCUCCUCGCCAACGUCGCCUCCGUCGUUAUCGGCGAAACCGGUCCCUUCAUCAAGGACUGGGUCACCUGGAACCAGGUCUUCUUGCUUGUCGACAUCAUCUGCUGCUGCGCCAUCAUCUUCCCUAUUGUCUGGUCCAUUAGGUCUCUCAGGGAAACCUCCAAAACCGACGGAAAGGCCGCCAGGAACCUCGCCAAGUUAACCCUCUUCAGACAGUUCUACAUCGUUGUCAUUGGCUACUUGUACUUCACGCGCAUUGUUGUCUUUGCGCUUAAAACCAUUGCCGCGUAUAAGUACCAGUGGGUGAGCAAUCUCGCCGAGGAGACUGCUAGCCUCGCCUUUUAUGUUGUCAUGUUCUACAUGUUUAGGCCUGUCGAGAGAAAUGAGUACUUUGUUCUCGAUGAGGAGGAAGAAGAGGCGGCGGAGAUUGCCCUCAGGGACGAAGAAUUUGAGCUUUGA